AUGCCUCGGGCCAAGGCGUCCAAGUCCGAUCCCAAGCCCGUGCCAAUUCAAACGGUGGCAGAAAAACAUGGCUAUGAAUUCGGUGGGCCCCUAGGUGCCUUUGGGAUUGUCUUCGGCUUGCCCAUUUUGACCUACGUCUUUGCCUUUGUUUGCAAUGAUAUCUCAGGAUGUCCAGCCCCCUCGUUGCUGCACCCCUCGACCUUAACCCUGGAGAAGCUGAAGCGCGAAGUGGGAUGGCCCGAAGAAGGAAUUGCGGGGCUUUACGACUCUCAGGUGACCCUCUGGGUUCUGAGCUACUAUGCGUUCAGUCUGUUUCUGCAGAUUUUCAUGCCUGGUAUUGUGGCGGAGGGCGUGACUCUGUCCUGCGGCGGACGUCUCAAGUAUAAGUUUAAUGCUUUCCGAUCUGCUCUGAUCAUCCUCUCUGGGCUCGCCGCUGGUACUUACCUGCAAGGCGCAGACUUCGUGGUCUGGACCUUCUUGUGGGACAACUAUGUGCAGGUCCUUACGGCAAACAUCGUGAUCUCUGCAACCGUCGCGCUUUUUGUUUACGUCAAGAGCUUCACGGUUCCAGCGCCAGGCCAGGCUAACUUCGGUUACCGGGAGCUGGCCCCCGGUGGCCACACUGGCAACCCGCUCUAUGAUUUCUUCAUUGGUCGUGAGCUGAACCCUCGCGUGCGCCUGCCCAUUCCCUUCCUUAGCGAAGAGUCUCGCACCCUUGAUAUCAAGGUGUUCAUGGAAAUGCGCCCUGGCUUGCUGGGUUGGAUCAUUCUCAACUUGUCCAAUGUCGCCCACCAGUACCGAACCUAUGGUUAUGUGACCGAUUCCAUUGUCCUGGCUACCACUUUCCAGAGUCUCUAUGUCCUGGAUGCUCUGUACAUGGAACCGGCAAUCAUGACAACUAUGGAUGUGAUCAUGGAUGGUUUCGGCUUCAUGCUGUCUUUCGGCGACGUUGUCUGGGUUCCUCACACGUAUAACCUCCAGACUCGCUACCUCUCUAUGUACCCUCAUCAACUCGGUUCCUCUGGUAUUGCCCUCGUUCUGGGCGUGACUGCCCAUAUCAAGUUCAUUGAGACCAAGAGUGGCUCGAAGCUGAUGACAUCUGGGUGGUGGGGUAUGGCCCGCCAUAUCAACUAUCUUGGGGACUGGAUCAUGUCUUGGGCGUACUGCUUGCCAACCGGUAUCGCUGGCUUUGCUAUCGUCCAGAGCAUCAACCCUGCCACCGGCAAGCUUGAGAACCAGGCUGUCCAGACCCCCGAAGCUCGAGGCUGGGGAAUGUUGAUCACCUACUUUUACAUGGUCUACUUCGCAGUCUUGCUGAUCCACCGGGAGAUGCGUGACGAAGAAAAGUGCAAAAAGAAGUACGGUGCUGACUGGGAUCGUUAUACCUCGAUGGUGCGCAGCCGUAUCAUCCCUGGUAUCUAUUAA